CUCCCCUGAUGUGGGACAGGACGUGGUCAUGGCGACAGGAUAAACAGAUGAUAACAAGCCCUCAGCGCUGCAGAGCUCAUUUGAACGCUGCGACCGCUGCUGAGGGCCAGAAGAGGGAGAGGAGAGACAGAGGUGAAGCAGGGACAGACAGAGGAGGACAGAGGACGGACAGAUAUUUCUUUCCAUCAUGGCGGAGAGCACAGACAUGGAGAAUCUCCUGGUGUCUUUUAAGAAGUUUGCCAUCCAUGGAGACACAAAGGCCACAGGGAAGGAGCUGAACGGGAAGAACUGGGCCAAACUGUGCAAGGACUGCAAGAUCAUCGACGGCAAGGGUGUCACCGGCACAGACGUGGACAUCGUCUUCUCCAAAGUCAAACAGAAGACGUCUCGGGUCAUCACCUACGAGGAGUUUCGGAGAGCUCUGGAAGACCUGGCUCCCAAAAGGUUCAAAGGUCAAAGUAAAGAGGAGGCGCUGGACUCCAUCUUCAAACUGGUGGAAGGCAGAGAGCCAACAAACGUUGGAGUGACGAAAGUAGCAAAGACCAAGGCAGUGGACCGUCUGACCGACUCGUCCAAGUACACUGGAUCACACAAGGAGCGCUUCGACGAGACCGGCAAGGGCAAAGGUCGCGAAGGGCGUGAGGAGCUGGUGGACAACACGGGCUACGUGGGAGCGUACAAGAACGCCGGAACGUACGACACGAAGGUGAAGACGGAGAAAGAAUGAGGCAGGAAGUACAGCUCCUCCACAGCACUUAGUCUGGACCAAACCUUGAACUUUGACCCCUCUUUGUGUGUGUUUUAGUAUGAAUGUAUGCAUCUAUGAGCGUGUGUAUGACUUUGUGUGACUGACUGACAGACUCUCAUGUCUGUAGACUCUAUUAACCAUGACAGAAGUAAUGACACAUGACCAGGGGAUCAGUUCUCCAUCAGUCCGUCACUUCAGCUCCAUCAGGGUGGUUUGUGUUUGAUGGGGUUAUGUGUAAAGUCUGAUUCAUAUUAACUACUGUCUUUUUUUUAUCUAGUUUAGCCUUCAGAAGUGUAACUGACUUCAUGUUUCUACAUCAGCAGCAGCUUCUGGAUCCAUGUUGAAUGUAACUCAAACUGAAUCCACAGCCUGAGAACACCCCGGGGUCCUGUUGGGCUUUUUGUUGUUGUUGUUUUCUUCUAUAUAUUUUGCAGCCUUGUUACUUUUCUGCAGUAUAAUUAUCUCAAACGUGUUUGUUCUGUCUGACUGUCUUUGUGAAGAGUUGUUGCAGGUGCAGAAACUGGAUCUGAAGUGAAAGUUACUUCAUGAACAAAUAAAGGUUAAUAAAGUUGU